AUGCAGAAACUUUAAAUGAUCCAAGUGGAACAAAACUGAGUAACCUGCAUCAUGUCUGAAAAACCAAUUUGCAUUGCUGACUUUGAGGAACAUGCUAAGAAAUUUCUUCGAAAAUCUGUGUAUGACUACUAUAAGUCCGGAGCUGAUGAUCAGCAGACCUUAGCUGAAAAUGUAUCUGCAUUUUCAAGGUUAAGACUGUACCCUCGGAUGCUGAGGAAUGUGUCUGCUGUGGACCUGUCAACUUCCAUCUUGGGCCAGAAACUCAGCAUGCCGAUAUGUGUAGCAGCGACAGCCAUGCAAUGCAUGGCUCAUGUGGAUGGAGAAAUUGCAACCGCCAGAGCUUGCAGGUCAAUGGGAACGGGGAUGAUGCUGAGUUCGUGGUCGACAACAUCUAUAGAAGAAGUUGCCCAGGAGGCUCCAAAGGCAAUUCGUUGGUUGCAGCUCUAUAUCUAUAAGGACCGUGAAGUCACCAGGUCCUUAGUGAAGCGGGCAGAGAAAGCUGGAUACAAAGGCAUCUUUGUGACUGUAGAUACACCAUUUCUUGGGAAACGCUUAGACGAUGUGCGCAACAAAUUUCAGCUUCCCCCGAAUCUCAGAAUGAAAAAUUUUGAAACGAAUGACCUGGCAUUUUCAUCGGAGACGGGCUAUGGCGAAAACAGUGGCCUGUCUGUUUAUGUAGCGGAGGCAAUUGAUCCAUCAAUCAACUGGGAGGAUAUGAAGUGGCUCAGAGGAUUGACUUCGCUGCCAAUUGUUGCCAAAGGCAUCCUUAGAGCCGAUGAUGCUCGGGAAGCAGUGAAGCAUGGCGUAAAUGGGAUCCUGGUGUCAAAUCACGGUGCGCGCCAGUUGGAUGGAGUUCCAGCCACCGUUGAGGUCCUGCCUGAGAUCAUUGAGGCUGUGGAAGGAAAAGUGGAGGUGUUCCUAGAUGGUGGAGUAAGAAAAGGCACAGAUGUCCUCAAGGCCCUCGCCCUUGGAGCCCGAGCUGUGUUCGUAGGAAGGCCUGUAAUCUGGGGACUCGCCUAUAAGGGUGAAGAAGGUGUGAAGGAAGUUCUUAAGAUAUUGAAAGAAGAGUUCCAGUUAGCAAUGGCACUUUCUGGCUGUCAGAAUGUGGAAGCAAUAGACAGAACACUGGUGCGGAGAGACCCAUGGGCUGCCUCCAAGAUCUAGCCAUAUUUGCUGCCGCCGCUGUAACUUCUCCAGUUGGUUACAAAUUAUUUGACAGCAAACUGCAAAGUGAAUUUAUGCCUCCAGUACAGGUUUAGGCUGGAUUAACAGGCCUAAUCUUCCACAAAUAUAUAUCAAAUAUAUCAAGGCAUCAUUUUAAUGCCUAAAGUACA